UAUUUGUUUGUAAGGACCCAUAAUAUUUAUUUUCUGAUCGCAAAAUGAUGAAAUGCUCAUUAUAAAUAAGUAUAGAAACACGCACGAUAAGAUAAAUGACAAGUAGCAUAGAAGAUAAGACAAGAAUUUUUCCAAAUAAGCUUUCUGGUGUUCGUAGAGCAAUAUACGCUUCAAACAUAUUAGCAUGCAUCAAUGUGGUUCUAUUCACAUACUUAGGUAUAAACCAGGGGAUGUCAUAUAUUAAAGCAGGAUAUAGUACAGAAAAUAUUAAUAUAUACAUAGCACUAGCAAUUGCUAUGAUAAUGGGUAUUGCAGGAGAAUAUACAGUUAUUAAAGAACAAGUUAAAAAAAACAUUUAUUAUAUAGAAAAUCCGUUCAAUAUUUUUGUAUGGGAUAACUCUGGUUUUUUUGAGAUUAUAAUGGGAGCUAUGUCUACUUCAUUGGCAACAGUUCUUAUUUACGCAUUCUACAAUCAAAAGGCAUUCUUACAGGGUGCUUCUGGGCUAUGCAUAAUAAUGGCAACAGCAACUUGUAUGUAUAAUGCGUAUCUGUACCAUAUGAUACGUAAGAACUUUGUGCAUCAAUAUAACUAUGUUCUUAAUAUAUAUCUGAACAACUUGCUUCUACUAGGAGGGGUAUCCCUUCUCUUCUUUUCUAUUUCCUUUCUAUUUAAUAUUUUACUAUUUACAAAUGGGAUACUGCACGUAACAAUAACCAGUAACUGA